AUUGACUUAAAAGAUGAUUACAUCUUGUAAUAAACACGAAUUUUGUACCUAAAAAUAUGUUGUCCAAAACUAUGCUUCCAAACAUUUUAAUUUUCACUUAUGACUGUUGCAGAAUCCAUUUACUACGAUAUAUGAUAAAUUAAAUAGGUAGAACAAAUGAAGAGAAGAUAAGAGUAAGAUAGUUCACAUGGCAACCAGUAGCAUUCCGGAUGGCACAGCAACACCUAAUUUGCAUGCAACUGUGGACGAUAGGAAACAGAAAUGGCGGAACAAAAUCUUAGACAUUGAGGAGGCCAAACAUCAAGUCAUGUUUUCACUCCCAAUGAUUCUUACAAAAUUAUUAUAUUACUCUAUCGCUAUGGUUUCUGUCAUGCUUGUUGGUCAUCUUGGUGAGCUUGAGUUAGCUGGUGCUACUCUUGCUAACUCAUGGUUUGGUGUCACUGGUGUCGCUGUUACGGUUGGUUUAAGUGGCGCGCUAGACACACUCUGCGGACAAGGAUUUGGUGCAGAGGAAUAUCACAUGUUGGGAAUUUAUCUACAAACCUCAUGCAUUAUAUCUUUUACUUUUUCUGUCAUCAUAUCCAUUAUUUGGUUUUUUACAGAACACAUUCUAGUGUUUCUUCAUCAAUCACAAGACAUUGCUAGAACAACUGCACUCUAUAUGAAGUUUCUUAUACCAGGAUUACUUGCAUUGAGCAUCUUGCAAAACAUAUUGAAAUUUCUACAAACACAAUCUGUAGUAAUGCCACUGGUAAUCCUUUCAGCACUCCCGGCACUUGUUCAUUUUGGUAUUGCAUAUGGACUUGUUCAUUGGACAAGUCUUAAGUUCAAAGGAGGACCAAUUGCAACUUCUAUUUCACUAUGGAUAUCAAUAGUACUUUUAGUAUCAUAUAUUAUGUAUGCAAAGAAGUUCAAGAAUACAUGGAGAGGAUUUUCAAUGCAAUCAUUUCAUUACUUAAUCACAAACACUAAGCUAGCUCUUCCAUCCGCAGCAAUGCUAUGUUUGGAGUAUUGGGCUUUUGAAGUUCUGGUUUUUUUAGCUGGAUUAAUGUCUGACUCGCAAGUAACAACUUCAUUGAUUGCAAUAUGUACAAUCACACAACUCGUUGCUUACAUGAUCACUUAUGGUCUUAGUGCCGCUGCAAGCACAAGGGUUUCCAACGAAUUGGGAGCAGGCCAACCGGAAAGAGCUAAACAUGCGAUGAGAGUCACUCUAAAGCUCUCUCUCCUCCUUAGUUUAUGUUUUGUUUUGAUACUUGUAUUUGGUAAUGGUGUAUGGAUUCAACUGUUCAGUAGUAGUCCUACUAUCAAGCAGGAGUUUUCUUCAAUAGCACCCUUGCUUGCUAUUUCUAUACCUUUAGAUUCUAUCCAAGGUGUCUUAUCAGGGGUGGUUAGAGCUUGUGGUUGGCAGCACUUAGCUGUUUAUGUCAACCUUACAACUUUUUAUCUCAUCGGUUUGCCCAUUUCAUGUCUCCUUGGAUUUAAGACUAAUUUGCAAUUUAAGGGUUUAUGGAUUGGUCUGAUCUGUGGGCUGGUGUGUCAAACUGGGGCACUCUUACUUUUGACAAGGCUUGCCAAAUGGACUAAACUGAAUCUCUCAGAGAACAAAAAUCAAGACCAACAUAUUGUUGUUUGACAACUGAGUGUCUGCCAAUUAGGACUAAAUAAGUCUGUUUUUGGUACCACGGUGUUGAUGUGUUGCAGAGUUAAAUACUUACAUAUAUGAUGUAACUAAGUUUUCUAUAAAGUGGUUUCUAUUCCAGAAUAGGACAGGAACUCCAAUUGCAGCAUCCCACAAAUUCUAUCAUCAAAGAGAUAAUUAGUUUUGCUGCCAAAGGAAAGUAGUAUAACUAUGAGGCGGACACCAGAUUGAGCGUGUUGGAGUUUUCGACACUUGUGUAACAAUCGUAUGACACUUAUUGGAAAACAUAAACAAGUCUUCUCAAAAAAUAUUUUUUUCCAA